CCCGUCGGUAGGCGAGAGAGCCGCGCCGGCCCGCCCAGACUUACCGGCACGUGCUGUGACGAGCGGCACCUGGUGAUCAGGACCCGCCUAGUGUGUCGAACUGCAGCACGGAGACGUCCAGCCCCCGUGGCCCAACACCAAAUAGCCCACCUCUCGGCUUCCCCAAGCCGUCGACCGCGAAAACCGCUCCGUCCAUCUCUGCAGGGCAGAUCUCGCUGGACCGUCUGAGACCUUUCAGACCAGCUGUGACCUGCCAGGCCUGCUGUGAUCGUCCAGGCCGGGCGCGACCUGCCGCCUGCGGGGCUGUCAGUCUGACCUCGGGGUACCCCGAGGGCCGACCGUCCCAGCCCCAGCCCUCACACGGCACGCGUUGCCUGCGACGGCGAGACCCGCACCUGUCCUAGCGUCACCGAGGGAUGGUUCGCUAGCCCUGCCGGACAGUGGCGGCGGCGACGGCGGCACGGCGCGUUGCGGACGGACGGACGGCUCCGUUUGUGUGUCAGCCGCGGCGAUGGAGGCGGUGCCGUCCCAGGUGCCGGCGGCCAAACCGGCGCAGGACCCGCUGGACAACAUGGAGACCUACAACAGCCAGGAGUUCGUCGAGUAUCUGAACGAGAUCCGGCACAUUCGCCGCGACUCGGACGAUGCUCUCGACGACGACCACCCGCUGGAAGAAGGUGAGGAGGAGUGGGAGUGGCUGAAGGAGGUCGGCUUCGACUCGCUCGUGUCUGUGUCCGAACCCGCCUCCGAGGUGACAGAGCAGUGGAAUAUUCUCGGCACACUCCCCCAGCACCAUGUGGCGGCGGUGAAUCGUCGCGUGACGACUCUGCGCGACACGCUGAACAGGCGGCGCAGCAAGGACAAGGGCCGCCGGCCGGACAUGCGCCACCUGUUCCCUUCCGAGGCGACCAGCACGGACUCGCGCAGUCGCUCGGCCACGCCCGACAGCCUGGACUCGCUGUCGCCGCCGCUGACGCCGCCCGAAGCGUACUGGCGCCUUCAGGCUGGCUCGCCACACAGCCAGGGCUACCACAGCAGCUCGCGUGGCUCGCUGGAUCGGCUGGAGCCGGCCGCCGAUGGGGAGAAGGAGAGCCGGGCGGCCGACUACCGGCACGUGCUGAGAAUCCCGCUGGACCAGGAGAGCCGCGAGCCUGCGGCCGCCGACGAGCCGCCGGUGCAGCUGCGCAGGAAGGGCCACGAAACCGUCGACCGCGCACCCAAGGCCAGCAGUCUCUUCGAGACGACCUCCGGCAAUUAUAAGCUGAACCGGUUCUCAGAGCCGGCCGAUGCUUCCUCCGGGAUCCAGGCGGUGUCGUUCCACCCGAUCGGCUCCGUGCGACGCCGCCUGGAGCGCGCCGGCGAGCUGGGCGAGCUGCACAUCCCGCGGCCGCAGACGGGCGCCCGCGCCGACGCCAGGAAGGGCAGCGCCGGCGACAAGGCGCGGCCAACGGCGGGGGGCCGGCUCGGCCGCACCUUCGUCGACUUCCUGAGCGAGCCGGACGUCAAGCGGUUGCAGAAGCUGGCGAUGCUCGAGCUGACAGCUCUGUUCGACGAGCACGGCCUGAGCUACAGCCGACGCAAAGCGCGGCGGCGCCGGCUGCGGGCGCGGCCUAGCGUCGCCGAUAGCGCAGUCUUCGGCUGCUCGCUGGCCACGCUGCUCGAGCGCGACCGACAGCGGCAGCCGGACGGCGCCGGCGGCGUGUCGCUGCUGCUGGAGCGCGUGCUCACCCACCUGGAGCGGCGCGGCCUUGGCGAGGAGGGCCUACUGCGCGUGCCCGGCCACCAGCAGAAGGUGGAGCAGCUGCGGCGCGACGUCGACGAGUGCUUCUACAACCAGCCGGGCGCCGUGGACGCCGCGCUGCAGCGCAGCGGCGCCAACGACGUGGCCGCGCUGGUCAAGCUGUUCCUGCGCGAGCUGCCGGCGCCGCUGCUCACCCGCGAGCUGAUGGACGCCUUCCACCGGUCGGACGCGCUGCCGGCCGACCGGCAGCUGCAGGCGCUGGCGCUGCUGUGCCUGCAGCUGCCAGCGCCCAACAGGGCCGUGCUGCGACGCCUGCUGCAGUUCCUGGCGGCCGUGGCCGCGCACGAGGCCAGCAACAAGAUGUCGCUGGAGAACGUGGCCAUGAUCAUGGCGCCGAACCUGCUGUGGCCGGCCCACCGGCGCCAGAAAGACAUCAGUGUUGAGAUCGAGUAUGCGUCCGUGACCUCCCGCGUGGUGCGGAACCUGAUCCGGCACCGCGACCGCCUCUGGGAGGUGCCAGACGACUUCGUCCGGCAGCUGCGGGGCCAGUACGAGGCGGAGGGGAACCGCAAGGAGCCGAGCCGCCCGAUGAAAAAGCUGCUGCGCAAGAAGGACGCCCCAGUCGCGCGGAAGAUCGACAGCGAGGUGGAGCCGCACGACGGCACCAUCCGCGUGACGGCGCCGCAGUUCUCCAAGUCCGGCUGGCCCGUAGUCCUGACACCGGAGACGACGGCCGGCGACGUAGUGACCAGGAUCCUGCAGCAGGUGCUGAUGCUGCCGGACCUGGCCAAUCGGGUGCAGGGCCGACGGGAGGCGCGCGGCCGGCCGAAUGAGGAGUCAACAGGUGGCGCCACCUGUCUACGGGCUGGCAAUCUCGCCGACGCCCUGCAGCGGCAUUUCCUGCACGAGCAGGGUGGUAACAUAGGCCAGCGGCGCAUCGAGCACGAUGCCGUGAUGCUCGAGUGCUACCAGGAGAACCCCGGCGCCCGCUGGGUCAUCCACUGCUGCCACGCCAGCGACAAGGCGUCUAGCGUCGAGAUCGUGGCCGAGUAACGCGGCCUGGGUCCAGCCUCCGCAUGGGAGCCGUGCAUCUGAGGGUGGCCUCAGCCUCGGAACCAUGCCUCUGAGGCUGGCCUCAGUCCCGGAACCAUGCCUCUGAGGCUUGUUUCGGUUCCGGAGCCAUGCCUCUGAGGCUGACCUCAGCCUCGGAACCAUGCUGUCUUGGAGCCAUGUCUCUGAGGCUGGCCUCAGUCCCAGAGCCAUGUCUCUGAGGUUGGUCUCGGUCUCAGAGCCUAGCGGGAGCUUAUCUCGGUCUCAAAGCCUCGCUCCCGUCUCGGAAGCUUGUCUGGGCUUCGGAGCCUCGCCCUGUCUCGGAGGGUUGUCUCGGUCACGGAGCCUUACCCCCGUCUCGGAGGGUUGCCUCGGUCUCGGAGCCUUGUCCCUGUCUCGGAGGGUUGUCUCGGCCCCGGAGCCUUGCCCCUGUCUCGGAGGGUUGUCUCGGUCUCGGAGCCUUACCCCCGUCUCGGAAGGUUGUCUCGGUCUCGGAGCCUUGCCCCUGUCUCGGAGGGUUGUCUCGGCCCCGGAGCCUCGCCCCUGUCUCGGAGGGUUGUCUGGGCCUUAGAGCCCCACCCCCGUCUCGGUGCCUCGCCGCACGCUCAGAGCGUCGUCUCGUGCUAAGAGCCGUUUUCCGAUGUUGCCCGUAGUCGACGACGGCCAAACGUAGCGGGCAGCACCAUCUAGUGGCGGAUCUAUGUGAUAAGAGCGGACGCGCCCAGGGCCGUAUUCGCCGCUCGGGAGGGCCGUAGAUGAACAGCGUCCGCGCGGCUGACUCGCGGUCCCGACACCGCCUCCCAGGAGCUGUCGGUGCGCACCGCGGUGGUUUACCGAGACUAGUGAUCGAAGACCUACUUGCAAUGUAGCCGUGUUUUGUGAUCAGACAUCGAAUAGUUGAUGCGUUUAGCUGCCUCGUGAUUCAGGCGCAGCACCGCGUGGCGUUUAGCGCUUAUGUGCUUAACGUAAUGGGGCUGUAUGCAACGUGCGACAGUUUGGUUAGCCUGCAUGACGACUUGUCUUGCCCCAGGAUGUGUCGCUUGCAAUAUGUGCUUUGCAAAACAAAGGAGGCAGAUUCCGUGCAUAGCAUGCCAAUUCAGACAACGCGUGCGUGAGAACGAG